AUGUACCAAUUUUUGAGCUGGAAAAAAGUUAUCGCAACAUCAUCUGCCUUAGGAAGUGCCAUAUUUUUAUAUUCUUAUCUCGAUACCAUACAACGAAUUACAAUUUCACCUGAUAAAUUUGUCCCUUUAGAUAUCAUCAAAGUUUCACCUGUCAACCAUAAUACAAACAUUUAUCGUUUAAAAUUACCAAGAUCACUUAAAGAACCCUUACCAGUUGUUUCAUUUUUUCAUAUUAAAGAUGAUUCAAUUCAGAUUUUGCGUGAAUAUACUCCUAUUUCUUCUUCCUAUGAAAAGAAUCACAUUGAUUUUUUGAUUAAAAGGUAUGACCACGGAUAUUUGUCACGAUAUAUUUAUUCCAAGAACGUGGGUGAACACUUGGAAGUUAGAGGUCCAUUUGUUACCUUCCCUUAUUUCGCUAACAUGAAAAAAUAUAUUGGAAUGAUUUGUGGAGGCACAGGGAUAACCCCAAUGUAUCAAAUUAUAAAUCAAAUACUGAACAACCCGGCAGAUCAAACAAAAAUAUAUUUGAUUUAUGCAAAUGUUACCAAACAAGAUAUUCUUCUUUACCAAGAAUUAGAACAAUUGACAAAAAAUCAUCCUGAUCAAUUAAAAAUAUAUUAUACUUUAGAAUAUCCACCCAAAGAUGAAUUAUGGACUCAAGGCAUUGGUUAUAUAUCAAAGAAUAUGGUACAAAAUCAUAUUCCUGGACCUCAAAAUGAUAUUCUUAUUCUUGUUUGUGGACCUGAUGGGAUGAUCAAAUAUGUGAGUGGUGAGAAGACAAGAAAUUUAUCACAAGGACCUAUUGGUGGAUUAUUGAAAAAUAUUAAUUAUUCUCAAAAACAA